AUGGGUCGACGAACGAAGCGAUUUGAGAACGGAUGGAUGCUUUUUAAAAAAAGAACGUCAAAAAUUAUUUCAAAGAAGAAACCAGCAGAAAUCGAAGAAAACUAUGAAACUCAAAUGGAUUUUGUUGAUGAAGAAGAUCGGGAACUAGAGGAUUUUAAAGAAAAGAUUACUGUGAAUGAUGUUUCGGAUUUGUUUGAACUUUGUAAAUCGUAUUGUCCGACGAAACAUCUUAGUGUUUUAUUAUAUUUAACAAUGCGUUAUUUUGGUAUUUCGUGCUGUGAAUGUGAUCAAUUUUUGUCUGAAAUUGGAGCUCUGAAAAACAAAACAUGUCUUAAACGAGCACGGAUUUUUCUUUCGGGAGAUCUUGAUGAUUUUUGUUUGGACGGACGAGGUGGAAAAAGAGGACAGGACUUUUAUGACAUGUUCCCUGAAAUUGAAACCAAUGCAAAGUUAUUUACUCUUGAAAAGUGUUCGGAAAAAACAGCUGAUUUCACAGCACUACAACUGGCAAAUUACAUUGACGAAUUACAUUGA